AUGCGCACCGAAAAUAAUUCGAACCCUUCUCGGCGCAUUACCCAUAGCCAUCCCGACACUACGCAAACCAGGUUUACAUUAAUGUCCGUCGAGGCAAACCAAAUCAAGGCAAGAUACAAUAUUUUAGCUGGCUUGUUCGCCUGGAUAACAUGUGCUGGCUUCAUUACACUGCCCAAUACCUUCACUUCUCUUCAGAAUUCGAGUACCCUUGCCGCGAACCCAGGCGGCCGAGCUAUCCAGCAAACCAUUAAAAACCUUUCAUUACUACCAUUAGCCGGCGCAUUCUGCUUAUUAGGUCUGGCCGGAACUUGCUUCCUAUGGAGGACGCAUCAAACGAACUAUAUAUGGCUUAUAAGUCACCUUUUUCUACCAGGCCUUUCUCACUCUUUCAUCUGUCUGCUAUCAAUUGCCUUGAACAUCAUUAGCAUACAAGGGGGACAUCUUUCAAUCACAGCUAACAUCGCCAUCAUAACAGUCACGUUGUUAUGCGGAGCUAUGCUAUGUUUAACUGUAAUUUAUUACUGGCUCUUGAGCAAAAUUAUUGCUACACAUAACAAAGAAAACUGUUGA